AUGGUGGGUAGAGGCGCGUCCCGCAUCCCCGACCGGUGGACCGACUACAUCCCGCUGGGCAGGAGGAUACCGGGAACGCGCUUCAUCGCCUUCAAGGUGCCCCUGAGGAAGAGCUUUGAUCAGAACCUUCAUCCGGAGGAGAGAUUUUCACCCCAUGACCUUAUUAAGAAAAUCAAAGAGCAGAAGGAAGAGCUGGGCCUGAUCAUUGACCUGACCUACACCACUCGUUACUACAAGCCGGAGGAGCUCCCAGCCUCAGUCUUCUACUCAAAGAUCUUGACAAUGGGACAUCAAAUCCCAAACAGGCACACUGUUUCUCAGUUCAAGUAUGUUGUAAAACAGUUUCUGAGAGACAACAGAAACAACAAUAAACUCAUAGGAGUUCAUUGCACACAUGGCUUGAACAGAACCGGCUACCUGGUUUGUAGGUACCUGAUUGAUGUUGAAGGCAUGGAGGCAAACACUGCAAUUGAGUUGUUCAACAGAGCUCGAGGGCAUCCUAUAGAGAGAAUCAACUAUAUCCGACAUCUUCAGCAGAGACCUGUAAAAAAGAAUUGGGGACUAAACGGAUUGGACUCGGACUGCUUCAGACAAAAAGCUGCCCCUACCCCAAUCAGCAACAACCAGAUGAUCAAACAUCAUUCACAUCAUUCAGACCAGUUCCCCAUAGCAGUGCCCAGGAAAUCUGGCAGCUCCAAGAAGAGGCAUAGAAGAGGUGCCACGGCACAGACACCGUACCAGGUGCCAGCACAUGAGCUCAGGGCCAUGGAUCCAAGGCAGCCCCACAGGCUGGCAGUGAGGAACUGUCAGCUCUUGCUCCCCACCAAGGAGCAGAGCAAUGGACUGUUCUUUCCCCCUCAGAACCCCCAGUUCUGCCCAGCUCAGGGAAUGCAGCCAGCCAGGAGACGCAGGCACCAUCACCGGAAACCUGUUGGGCCAGCAUAGAGAAUGUUGUCCAUAAGGAAAGCCCAUCCAGGGCUGUUUCUUUCAUCCCUCCAGGAUGGGGCUCAGCGCUGGAAUGGGCAGCUUUGCUGUAACCUUCAUCAGCCAUUGGGAGCUGUAGUUGUUCCCAGCACAGAUCUUUUAGCUCAGUUUUCAUUUAACUUUUCUGUGCUUUUAGAAAUCCCACAGGAAUUUUGUCUCCUCUGGAAUUCCAGAGUCAGAGCUCUGCUCCCUCAGGGAAGAAUAAACACAGACACAAAUGGACUAAUGCUGAAGAAACAUCCGCAGGAGCAUCCCUUUAACUGUCAGCUGAAAGAGUCUUCCUUAUUUUUCUCAAUACAACAGAUUUUAUUCAGCCUAAA